AGUUUGCGUCAGUGGGUAGGCGGAGUCAACUAAUGGCUGAGGGUUCGCGGGGUGAGUUGACAUUCAACUAAAGGACAACAAUCGUGUGGCUAUUCAUCGCCAAUGACGCUUGUAACGAUAUAUGAAUAGAAAGCGUGUAUUUAAAUAUGUAUAUAAUCUGAGAACGCAUAUAUUUAACGUUUUAGGAAGGAGUAAGACGGCUGUUGUUUUUUUCUGCCUGUCUUCGCGAGUUCGUGUUGACGCUCGCGUGCUUUCUUUGUUGAGGUUUUCCUGUAACGUUACGUGUUUUUGUUUGAAAUAUCAAUCCGUCAGUUUUACACUUAGGGGCGCGUUUCUGUCUAGACGUACAGUCUAAACACACUGCGUUCUCUGAUGUAACUUACGCGCACCGUGUUCAGUCACAGGGUGUGUAAAGCAACUAUAGGAAUUUUCGCUCAGUAUUUCAGCCAACAUGGGAAAAGUUUUUCUUGAGCAAGGCUGAAAAAGACGCAAUCAGAUCAGACUUUACACCUGAAUUGAGAAGGCAAAUUUGGGUGUUGCUGGAGCAGACGUGAUUUCAGAAGGGGCUGCGGAAUAUAAGGAGUAAUGGUGGUCAACACGAUCCACUGGUUCAGGAAGGGCUUAAGGCUCCAUGAUAACCCAUCUCUGCGGGACUCUAUAAUAGGAGCCGAUACUCUGAGAUGCGUUUACAUACUGGACCCCUGGUUUGCAGGAUCGUCCAACGUGGGAAUCAACAGAUGGAGGUUUUUGCUGCAAUGUCUUGAGGACUUGGACGCCAGCCUUCGCAAACUUAACUCUCGCCUCUUUGUCAUCAGGGGACAACCCACGGAUGUCUUUCCAAGACUUUUCAAGGAGUGGAAAAUCACCCGGCUGUCAUAUGAGUACGACUCUGAGCCCUUCGGGAAGGAUCGUGAUGCAGCCAUUAAGAAGCUGGCCACUGAAGCCGGGGUGGAAGCCUUCGUCAGGAUCUCCCACACACUCUAUGAUCUGGACAAGAUCAUAGAGUUAAACGGAGGACAGUCUCCUCUCACCUAUAAACGAUUUCAGACGCUCAUCAGCAGAAUGGAUCCUGUGGAAACACCAGCAGAGACGAUCACGGCUGAAGUCAUGGGCAAAUGCGCCACACCAGUCAACGAUGACCAUGAUGACAAGUUUGGCGUUCCCUCGCUGGAGGAGCUCGGUUUUGAAACGGAUGGACUGUCCUCAGCUGUGUGGCCUGGUGGAGAAACUGAAGCUCUGACUCGACUAGAGAGACACCUGGAGAGGAAGGCUUGGGUGGCUAACUUUGAGCGUCCCAGAAUGAAUGCUAAUUCCUUGCUGGCCAGCCCCACAGGCCUGAGCCCUUACCUCCGGUUUGGCUGCCUCUCCUGCAGACUUUUCUAUUUCAAACUCACAGACCUCUACAGAAAGGUCAAGAAAAAUAGUGUCCCACCUCUGUCCCUUUACGGUCAGCUGCUCUGGCGUGAGUUCUUCUACACGGCUGCCACUAACAACCCACACUUUGACAAAAUGGAGUUCAACCCCAUCUGCGUAAAGAUCCCGUGGGACAGGAACCCCGAAGCUCUGGCGAAGUGGGCAGAGGGCCGGACUGGUUUCCCGUGGAUUGAUGCCAUAAUGACCCAGUUGAGGCAGGAGGGCUGGAUCCACCACCUGGCCAGGCACGCUGUUGCUUGCUUCCUUACACGUGGAGACCUGUGGAUCAGCUGGGAAGAGGGCAUGAAGGUGUUUGAGGAGCUGUUGCUGGAUGCAGACUGGAGCGUCAAUGCUGGAAGCUGGAUGUGGCUUUCGUGCAGCUCAUUCUUCCAGCAGUUCUUUCACUGUUACUGUCCGGUGGGCUUUGGUCGACGUACCGACCCAAAUGGAGACUAUAUAAGACGCUAUUUGCCCAUAUUGAGGGGCUUCCCUGCCAAAUUUAUCUAUGACCCUUGGAAUGCCCCAGAAAGUGUUCAGAAAAUCGCAAAGUGCAUAAUUGGAGUGCACUACCCUAAACCUAUGGUUAAUCAUGCUGAGUCCAGCAGGAUAAACAUCGAGCGAAUGAAGCAGAUUUACCAGCAGCUGUCCUGCUACCGGGGCCUCGGGCUCCUUGAAACUGUUCAAUCCAACGCACCCAACAAUGGAGAUGGAGCAGGUCCUUCUUCAGGAGACAACACACAGGAGAGCACUCACAUUACCGCAGUGCAGACAUCACCAGCAAGUUCUCAACCAAAGCUCUCACCAUUUACAGUGUCAUGUGGUCAACUGUCUGUCAACAGUGUACAGCCACAGCCAGGUUACUCAAGUGUUGGUUUGGUUGGACAAGCUCAAACACAGUCACAGAGAGGGAGAGGGACAAGUGCUUUUUUGAAGCGGCAUAGUGAAGAACGAGCUUCAGAUGGUUUGUCGAAGAUUCAGAGGCAUGACAGUAACUAGCUGCUUCAGAAGCAAGGAUAUACACACACCCUUCUUGAGACUGGUGUUUGGCCCUGUCCUGAACCAUGGCUCAAAGGACAAUGUCUCCACAUGACAUAUCAACUCCAUGCUUUGCUUUGCUUUGGCCUUUAUGCUUUACCAUGGUCUCAUUCUGCUUGUAGAGCUUCAGUUAACAUUGAGGUCAAAUGUGGUGGCCCAGGGUCAGGGGACUGUCAACUAAGCUGUUUGACAUUGUAUAAUGUAUGCAGUUGCCGAAUUUAAGAUGUCUCAAUUUUUGCAAGCUGUAUGUUGAUUAGUUGUGGAGGAAAAGGUUUUGUAGUAUUCACACAAUCCAAAUGUCAAAAUUGUUUUCUCUAUGAAUGUGUGUGUAUCUAUCAUACCAUUUGAUGUUCAUGUGUGCAAUGUUGUAAUAACUGUGAUUUACACAAUCCUGUGUAAUAUUAAGAGGAAUUUAUUUGGAAAUUCAUAUAGCGAUCAUCAGGAGCAUAGCGGCCACUAUUUGAGAAUCUUUAAACUAGUCGCUCUUUGAUAAGUCAAAGGAUUUGGUUGAUCUAAAUGUUCAAUUCUAAUUUAUAAAUAGACAUGUUAAAAUGUAUUUGAAGUCCACAGUGAAAAUCUGUAUAUUUAGUCAGAUUUUUGCUUUAUAUAAAGGAGUAACUAUCAUUGAGGUUUGUGGCUCUUCAGCACAAAUUGAUUUGUUUCAAGACAAUUACUGGGAAGCAAACCAACUGUAUAUAAGCGUAUACUGGAAGUAAUUCAGUCUGCAAAACAAUGUACAUAACUUUUUCUCUUGCUUAUUUACAGACUUGCUGUUAUAUUUUUUUAUAUGAUACAAUACUUUUUUUAUUGUUGUAAUGUCUUUAUAAAUCACCAUUAAAACAUGAUAGAUCUGUUACAAUGCUACAGUGAUUAUGAGAUAAUUUGAACCAUGUUCAUCAGUAUUAUUGAAAUUUAUUUUCUUAACAUUUAUUAUCAGUGUUGGCUUUUAACAGACCAUGUGUAAUCUAUUUUACACCAUCAGAUUACUAUAAUGUUUGUAUGAAUUACAUAUCGUACGCAUGACCUGUCUGACAACAUCAAUAAAUUACUUGUUAAUCUGUU